AUGAGGUAUCUAUGUCUUCAUGGAAGAGGCACCAACGCCAAGAUCUUCGAGAUGCAGACGAAUCAGCACGAAUAUGACUUUCUUGAAGGCACAAUGCCGUGGGAACUAGACCCAGACUUGGGGAAUUUAGUGUCCGAAAACGACGAAACUUUCGCUCUGUUCGACGAAAACAAUCCACUGACCGCGCUGACUGCGGUGGAUCAAUUGAACUCCUUCGUUGAAGUGGAAGGGCCGUACGACGGGGUCAUUGCAUUCAGGCAGGCUGUGGGCGUUGUUGCUACAUGGAUGGCCUCCCAAGCUCGGCAAAAGAAGCCGUCGUUCAAAUGUUCAGUGUUUCUCUCUGGUGCCGCACCAGCCGUGGACUAUAAUGCGUUGCAAAAAGGCAUCUUUGUUCAACUCGAUCCAAGGGCAUUGGACUGUCGCAUUGAAGUUCCGACUGCCCACAUCUGGGGCACGAACGACCAGUGGAAAGAUGCCGCCGAAGCGACUAGCCAGCUGUGUCGUGCAGAUGUUCGAUCGGCCCUUGUCCAUCAGGGAGGACAUGAAGUGCCCGGGGUGGGAUCAAAAGAGGCACUGCACGAGACGCUCAACAUGAUUCGGAGGGCGAUUCUGCAAUCACACGCGGCAGGCUGA